UUGUGUCGCACUGUUCCUGUGUUCCCUCCAGGAGGCAGAGGAGCUCUUCUAUAGUUACUGCAUGGAAAGUUCAAGUCCUCCAAAAAACACAGGAAAACAUUGGUUUGACAUUGUGUGGUUUACACCAGGAAGCCUACUUCUCCAGAAAGAGUGUUAACAAUAACCAAGGAAAGUGACAGUACCUGAAACUUUUGGCUAUUAUACCAAAUCAGAGAAUCCAUCUCCUCCAACAUGGCAGGUAAGAAAGUGCUCAUCGUCUAUGCACACCAAGAACCCAAGUCUUUCAAUGGGUCCCUGAAGAAAGUGGCUGUUGAAGAACUGAGCAAGCAGGGAUGCACAGUCACUGUGUCUGAUUUAUACAGCAUGAACUUUGAGCCAAGGGCCACGAGAAACGAUAUUACUGGUGCCCUCUCUAAUCCUCAAGUCUUCAAUUAUGGGACAGAAACCUAUGAAGCCUACAAGAAGAAAGCUCUGACCAGUGAUAUACUUGAAGAGCAGAGAAAGGUGCAAGAAGCUGAUCUCGUGAUAUUUCAGUUUCCACUAUACUGGUUCAGCGUUCCAGCAAUCCUAAAAGGUUGGAUGGAUAGGGUGCUGUGCCAAGGGUUUGCCUUCGAUAUCCCAGGCUUUUAUGACUCUGGUUUUCUCAAGGGUAAAUUAGCCCUCCUUUCCUUAACCACGGGAAGUACAGCAGAGAUGUACACAAAAGAUGGGGUCAGUGGAGAUUUCCGGUACUUCCUGUGGCCACUUCAGCAUGGUACAUUGCACUUCUGUGGAUUUAAAGUUCUUGCCCCCCAGAUCAGUUUUGGUCUUGAUGUUUCAUCAGAAGAAGAAAGAAAAGUGAUGCUGACAUCAUGGGCCCAGCGGCUGAAGAGCAUCUGGAAGGAAGAACCCAUCCACUGCACACCCCCUUGGUACUUCCAAGAGUAACAUUUUGUGCUCUGAGUACACCUGACAAGCAACACAGUGAGAGACCUAAAGCAUGUGCAAAGAGAAGGUGGUGUUGUAUCCUGAGAUGUAUUUAACAGUGCCCACCAAUGAGUGUCUUCAGUUUAAUACAACUAGAUCAGAUAUUUCAAAAAUCA